AUGGCGGCCCAAGAUGAAGUUGACGUAUGUGAAAGUUGGGAGGAUAUGGACGAAAUUGGCUUAGACCAGAAGAUCAAGCUGAUGUCAAGUGCGUCCCCGCCAGUGAAAACUCCGCUGAAAGGUUGCAAGGUUACGAACGUAAUUGUGGAAGAUAGCGCCUGUAUUGGGUCUCAGUGCGUUAUGCCGGAGCCAGCUAUUCGCAUUCUGAAGCGGCCGUCGACGCUCGCAAGCGGGCAGUUGAACGGCGAGCGGAACGCGCGCCCUGUUAAAACCCUCCAACAAAGACAGAAGGAGUAUGAAGAAGCCCGAUUACGGAUACUGGGCGAAGCGCGGAGCCCUGAAGAUGUCAUCGACGACAAUUUGAGCUGCUUGCAAGAUAAAUUACAAGCAAAUAGCAUUAGCGACAAUCAAAAUGGGAACAAAGUUAAGAAUUGUCACAAUGAUAAUGCCAAAGGGAAGGAGCGGAAGGUUUUAGUGAGGUUACCACCGGGAGCCACUGUGUCGGGAGUGUUCCCAUCUCCGCCACCUCCAGGAGUGCUAGUGAUAAGAACACCUCGGGGUCCAGACGGUACCAAAGGCUUCCAGCGAAGGUAGCACCUCCCCAUGACAGUCAUACACUAAUUUGUAAUGAAUUCCAUCCAUAAACUACCCAAGAAAGACAAUGUUGAAAUAUUGGCACUGUUUGCAGUACCUAUGAUCUUGUUCACAGUUCCUAAAUUGUGUCUGGAUUCUUGUAUAUUUGGUUCUAAAGUGUUUUAUGAAACCACAUAGGCUCCAGAAGUGAUACAAGUGCAUUAGUGUAAUGUUAUCAAAAAAUCCAUGAAUGGUCUAACUUACAUAAUCUGAUAAGUUUGUUUAGGUGCAUCAUUACAUAAAUCAGUAAACUAUAGAUUUUUUUGAUAACUAGUCCUUACUAUUGUUAUAAAGUAAAAUAAUGACCAGAGGGCCUAAUGUCAAGAUUGAAAAAUCCAAGAAACUUAGUUCCUUCAUUAUGCCCAGUUCUUUUUGUAACAAAUUGAAACUUAUCACCCUAUGUACAAAGUUCAAAAGAUAAUAUAUGAGGAACAUACAUAUGAGACUGGGCACUACAAGGAAUUAAAAGUUCUGGUUACUUUCAAAUAAUUAUGAAUGUGCACAAUGGUGUUUCCUAGGAUAUCAAUACAUUUAAUUUUUGGGUGUCACAUGGAUUUAAAUUAUUACUGUGUACAUAGGAGGGCACAAUUAAGUUUAAGCAAAUAAUUUAAAAAGUUCGGGAUUCCUUACCACAGAGAUGGAGUUUUUUUUUUUACUAUAAUUGGGACAAAAUGUUUAUUAAAAAAUGUUAGGGGUAUUUGCUUUUUGAUUAGUAUACAAUAAUUGGUUGCAAUAUAAAAUUAUUAUCAGAUAUUCAUUCUGGAUGUACCAGGGUUGCAGGAUUCCCAAAUAUUUCUAAAUGACACUCAUUUCUACCAUUUUUAUCAGAAAGAUAUUUCUCUUGACACUAUGCUUUAAUAUUACUACACUACACUAGUUCCUGAACAUAAAUUAUGAAUUGUGAAUGAUCAUUGAGCUCACUAAAGGGAACAAUAAUAUUUAUUGUAUAAUAUAAGUGAGAACUAGAUGCCAAUCUAGUGGGGUCAAUAGAGGUAAUUGCAAGUAGAACAAAUGCUACUUGAGUGUUUUCACAUGAAUGGUGUGGAUCUGCUAGUAACAUUCUGUGUGUGGAGUGUCUUAUUAUUGAGACUUCACCAAAGUUGCUUGUCAAGUUAUUGUUAGGCUGUUCAUUCAUAGUGUGUUGAAAGUCUAUCUUGAAAUACAAGUAAAGAGUUCCAUGAUAUGUGGACAUCCAUUUUACAGAACAAAGUGUGCCAUGGUUACAAGUGCCUCAUUCCUCUACUUGUAUUUUAGGUAGUUGCAUUUGACCCAUAAUUGCAAUUAUCCCUAGUGACCCUAUCAACAUGAAUGAUUGUAUGUGCAAGUUUUCAGAGUAUUCAAAUAUGUUUUAGCUUGAUUUGAUGUUAACUUUAAUGGAUUAGCACACUUUAGUGCAAUAUUUUUUACAGACUAAUGGACAAGUAAAUAAUGAGGAUUGCUAGUCUGAAAAAAUAUCCAUGUCUAAGGCUCAUGAUUAAUUCAGAUAGAUGAUUAGAGGCUCUAAAUAUUGUCUAUGGUCUCACAUCCCCUAAGACCUCACGUUGGAAGAAAUAAAAAUCAUCAUUAUUUACUUGUUUUUUAUUCAAGUUGACAAUAUUGCUGCUAGUUCUGAUAUUUAUUUGAUCUCUGUAAACAUGUUAGAUACAAAGAAUUAUGUCAUAAUUGAAAACAACUGACUCAUUUCUAAUGAUGACUGUGUCUAUUAUAAGGUAGUGUUUACACAAAUGAUGGUUGCAAAAUUGCUCUAAAAUGAGCUAAUAUGUCUUUUAGUAAAUAUUUAUUUUAGUAUUAUGUCUACUAGAGUUAUUAACAGUAGAAUAUAAAAUGCUCGUGUUUGGUAGCUGGGUCCACAUAGAGCGAAGGAAUGUGCUCACGCGCAAACGUUCAGUGUAGAUGCGCGCACGUUUGGCUCGUCCGAGCAACCUGCCUCGCCGAGGCACAUUGAACAUUUUUCGCAUGUGUGGACUCAGUUUAUGGCUAUAAUGAGUCAACUCAGCUGUCAUAUUAGCGUAAACUUAUUUGUCUUUACUUUACACGACUUCUACUAUUAGUAACCCUUUGCUUAUUUCAUUGGGACGUUUUUGGAUAUUGUGAAGGAUGGUUCUGGUAGCGAUCAGUAACAAUUAUUUAAUUUUAUGGCAGCAGGAUGGAACCCUUAAAUGCAUGACCUUGAAAAUUAUUUAUUCAAAUUUGAACUUUGACAUAUGGGAUCAUCCACAUAUUACGUCACACCAAAUUUCAGG